UACAUUUCUGUUCCUGACCCGAGCGAGCAGCAUGCGGGACCCGUGGAGCUGGACCGGGGGCCCAGGGGGGCGUGGGAGAGCGGCCUCGUACACAGGGGAGCGCAGGGCCAGGCUGGAGACCAGAGCCAACAAGAAGUGGGUCAGAUUAGUGACCGUGCUGGUCUACGUUCUCACCGUGUCUCUGGCGGCCACCGUCCUGGUUCUGUACUACAGUCUGAUCUGGAAACCCACAGCCGGACCUGGACUGACCCGGACCGGGACCAGGGCAAAAACAGAGAUCAGGGAGACGGGAGCCUCGACCUCCGGGAUGAAGACGAGUGAAGAUCAAUCAGGUGAAAAUAAUCAUUCAGUGUUUACAUUAAACAGCUGAUUCAUUAACAUAAGCCCCGCCUCCUGACAAGACCAAUAGAGUCCUCAAAGAAACUGAAAACCUUUCUAUGAAUCUCUAAUGUGUAACUUUUAAAAGAUUUAACAUCAGGAGUAUGUGAUGAUGUAAGCAGUUACAGAAGAUCUGAUUGGCGGAUCCACUUCCUGAUUAUCUCUGUUGAUGUAAAAACCUGUAGACCCACAUGGACCUGGACCCACAGACCCCCCUCAGGCUGGACUCAGCUCCUCCGAGCCCCCCGCUGUGACCGCCGAUGAUCCAUCCAACCUGCCCACACACCGAGCCGGGUGUCGGGAGGUGGACAGAGAGGGGUCGUCCAGAUAACCUCUGCUCAUUGGUUAAUCACUGAGCGGUGGAAAAAUGUUUUUAGUUGAAGUUUAAAACUCAAAGCUGUCAAACUAUUAAAACACAUUUUGAAUCAAAUGUUUGAAAUUCUGUUAUUUAAAAAUAAAAAUUGUUGGGCUUUUAUUUUGUAUGUUUGUCUUGUUUUAAGCCGAGAGUACUUGCUGUGUGCUUUUAUUUUGAAAUAACAGAAUGUGACCUGUGACCUCUGAUUCAUGGAUGGACGACUUUAAUCAGAGUCAGGAAGCUGCUCAGGUCGCGCCAUCAGCUGAUUAAAG